AUGCCCAAGCACACAAGCACCACGACUACCAAGGCUGCCAGGACGGCGGCGUCGACUCGCCCCAGCAAAGAAGACGCCAAAGCCAAAGCUGCAGCCAAGGCGGACCGCAAGCAAGCAUGGGAGAAGCACUGCAAACAGAACUACUGGCGAGUCAAUUACAGCUUCAGACAACCUUCCUGGAUCGAAGCGAUUACGGCGGGUUGUGCGGCCAAACUGGACGGCGUGUCGCCCCAGUUGAAGAAGUUUGAAUUGGACACGCUGCCUCAUGAGCAAGGGAUAUCCAAGGCUGGGUACUCGAUGAAGAUGUACAAUCCGGAGGACGUUCGCAAGCUCAUUCGCGAGCGAGAGGCCUUCUUCGAUUUGGAUAAACCGCUGCCAGGUGGGAAGACGACGGUGUCUCAAGCCCAGGCACCUGCUCUCUCUGUGCCCCAACUUGAAGCCGCUGCGCCUGUUGAAGGACCAUUCGCUGCCCGCCUCAAAGCCGAGGGUGCAGUUAUUAGGCGUGACUAUAAGCCGCCUCAGGGGGUGUCCGAGGAGGACCCCGAACCCAAGGAUAUCAUCUGGGAAGGAAAGAAUGUAUGGGGUAAUUUUGGAAUUGAGGAGGAAGAUGCAUGCCUUCUCUAUUGCCUUAAGCCUAAGCACCUUGAUCCUAUCAGAGGAACAUCCGUGUGGUUCGACCUUCAGACCGUUGCGGUCAGGGCUUUGGAAGUCCACGGCGGAGUGAGAAAGCAUAAUGAAAUCGUGAUGAAGAAGAUCAAAAAGGACAUGAAGGCUAUUGAAGCACUGGAGAGCGAGCGCAACGGGUACCAAGACCGGAAGCCGCUCCGCAAGUUUUCUCCAGCCCUUCGAAAGUUCCUCGUUGACCACGAGGGCGUUGGGAAGCUUGGGCUGAGCUCUGAGCCCGAUACCGACGAGGAGAAGAAGAGGAUUGUGCUUCAGUAUGCGCCACUUGUCAAGAUUCCUCUGGAAGGAUUUCGACAUGACUGGUACAAAGGAAAUCAGUUCUUUUCAGAGGAUUGGGAUGCCCCGUUGGCCUUGAUGGUGGACUCGGGUGUGGGUCAAAUUGACUGGUGAAGCUCCGGUGCUUUGAAGCCUGGUUCCUUUGAGAUGUACACUGUAUAGUAGUUAUUCGUGAAAUAUCUUGUUCGACUUCUUUCUUUCCAUCACCCAAAAGACGCCCGUGGAACACGAGCGCUCGUCCUUUGAAAAACAAAUAUGGAAGG